AUGGACAGACUACAGAGAAUCCCCAUUGAGCUCCUUUACCUCGUGGUGCAGCAUCUCGAACUGCGAGAAGUCGCUGCAGUGGCACGCACGUGCCAUAACCUAUCCGCGAAGCUAAGACGACACUUCUACCAUUGCAUCGAUGCGCCAGCAUUCAAAUAUGCCGCUCGAUACGGACGGAUUCGCACUAUCCAAGGUGCACAGCAUGCUGGCGUCGACGUGUCGUACGGCCUUCUGCUACCUGUGGCGAUAGCGUGCAGACAAUCAGCCUUUGUCGACUUUUUACUCCAGGGGGGCUGGAUCACGCCAGAUCAUGUUCGCGAAACAAGGCAGGAUGCCUAUGGGAACAGAACCGCGCUCUCCUGGGCUGCAGAAGUUGGGCCCUUGUCGCUCGUUGGCAGACUGAUGGCGAUAUCGGGCGUUCAUGCCAACUUACGCGACUUUCACCAGGCCACGCCCUUGCAUCGAGCCGCAGCACAUGGCCAUCUGGACAUUAUGACCUAUCUCCUUGAUCAUGGUGCCAAUUUGGACGCAAAGAACAGUGGUGCAAAUGCAACACCGAUCACGCACGCCUGCACCUCGAACGCGAAGGAGGAUACCAAGAUCGCCGUCGUUGCUCUCCUCCUCCGUCGAGGUGCCGACGCGGAGAGUUUUGACCCUGUCAGAAGGAAAACUAACGUCUGCCAUGCGCUUGACCGCCAUCACUAUCGCCUCGCAAGGUUUCUGCUGGAAAAUGGUGCCAAUACCGAGGCAUUUCGUGGAGCUAUUGGACAGGCACUUCUGGUUACUGCAAUCUCCCAAGGCGAUGACAACCGUGUUCGCCUCCUAACCGAUUAUGGCGUCGGUUUCAAUGAGCACGGGCCACGGGGGUUGGUGCGAUACCUGGAGCUGGCCAUUCCUAGGAGCUUCACGUUUCGGGUCGAUAGAACCAGCAUCAUGAACCUGCUCCUAGAGAAGAUCUCAGGCCAGUCGCCCCCAUUUUUCGAACGGGGGUCGUGUCCGGAGUUGGAUCGGGCACUAAGAGUGGCCAUCACACGCGGCCAAUACAAGCUAGCUGCUCUGCUUCUGGCGUCCGGCGGAGAUAUGAAUGCUGCGGAUCCCCAUGGCUACACGCCGCUCAGCAUCGCCGCCGCGGCAGAGCCACCUGGUUCACCCUAUGGGCACGGUCUUGGAUCGCCGAGCGCUUAUGGCCUUGCACGAGCCAUGCUGGGACUCGGCGCAGAUCCCCUUGCCCAUCCUCCAAGGCAAACUCCAUCGCGCGAUGUUUGCCAAGAUACAUCGGCUUUGCAUGCUGCCGUGUCAAGAGGCAACAUUGCGCUGCUCAAGUUGUUUGCAGAGCAUGGCUUCGAUAUCACAGCCGCACACGGCGAAGGGCGAGAGACAACAAGUGCUCUUCACGCGGCAUGUGUACAUUAUCAAAGUCCCGUGGCUCAGUAUCUUCUGGAGGAGCAUGGAGCUCAUCCGUCAAAGAGGAAUGGCAGGGGCAAGGCACCAAUGCACCUCGUUGCACACCAUGGCUACCCUGAGCUUGUGGACUUGCUGUUCAAACAUGACGCCGAGCUUGACGCAAAAGACGACGAAGGCUCGACUCCUCUUUUUAUGGCAUGCGCAACAGUGCAUGAGCGCGUGGCUCGUCUGUUACUGGAACGGGGCGCCGAUGCUACGAGCUCUGGCCAGCAGGAUGGCAUAACUCCUCUUCAUUGCAUCGCUGGGCGAUGGGGCUCUUUGGAACUUUUAGACUUGCUCAUACAGCACGGCGCAGAUGUAUGUGCUGUCACUGAGCAAGCAAUGACGCCGCUCUUUGAAGCAUUGGCGGCUUGGGGUGAGGAUGGGACUGAUUAUGCUGAGCAGAGUCUAAAGAUUCGACUGCUAGUCAAGCACGGAGCAGUGACGCAUCUGCGAUUCAUGCAUCGACUUGCGAUGCUAAGAGAGCGGGCCAAGGGCACACUCAAGGGCGAAACGUUAACUUGA